AGGGCCGACAAGGCUGCGCUUCCUACCUGGUAGCAAAGCAUCUCCACGCUGGGCGCUGGGCGGGCUCCGGCAGCAGACCUCAGUCAGUCCCUAUUGGUCAGGACCGUGGUUCUCACGGUGCGGUCCUGGACCAGCAGCGUCCGCCUCACCUGGGCACCUGUUAGAAAUGCUAAUUCUCUGGGUCACACCCAGACCUCCCCGUGGGAAACGAUGGAGGUGGGUGAGGCCUAGCGCUUUGUGUUUUAACGAGCUCUCCAGGUGCUUCUGAGGAGCGAAGAGGAGGAAAGAGUGGAGGAACGGAAUGGGGCUGAUGAGACACCUCCCGUUGCCCCUUCCCAGGCUUCAUAACCGCCCGCUGUGGGCGGCCGGCCCUCAGCUGCUCGGCCCCCGCCCCGCAUCAUGAAUCGCAGCCGCACUAGCAGCACCUCCGAAAAGGCGACACUGGCCUUGCUCUGGGGCUGUGAGCUGAGCCAGGAGAAGCCGACUUGGACCUUCAGACCCCGGAAGGUGGGGGAGCAGGACUGUAUGCUGCUCCUUAGUACGAUUUGCCUGGGGGAGAAAGCCAAAGAGGAGAUGAACCUCGUGGAGAUCCUGCCCCCAGCAAGCCAGGACGACAGAAAGAGGAAGCCCAUCACCCUGGCCUCUCUUCGGGCCUCCGUCCUCCCCAUGGUUGUCCUGGCGGGAUUGGAGCUUUCUCCUCCUGUCACGUUCCAGCUCCGGGCUGGCUCUGGACCCGUGUUCCUCUGUGGCCAGGAAUGUUAUGACCAAUCCUGGGAGGAAGAGGAGGGGGAGGAGGAGGAAGAAGAGGAGGAGGAAGAAGAGGAGGAGGAGGAAGAAGAUGAUGACGACGAAGACACAGAUGUGUCCCUGGAGAAGGAGACCCCUGUCAAACAAGUCAAGAGGCUGGCGCCCCAGAAGCACACAAGCGUUGCCAAGAAAAAAAAGGUGGAAAAAGAGGAGGUGGCAGUGAGAUACCAUCCUAAAGACAGGAGCCCUGUGGGAAAGGCCAAAACCACACCCAGACCUAAAAAGCCAGGAUUUAAGAAAUGAGGAGCCAGGAGUGGCCUGGCCACAGUGACAGAGGGAGGGCCCGUGAGACCACCGUGCUGAGUCUGAAUGUCAUGGACGUGUUGGGGGCGACACAAGAGCUCCUCACCCCAACUAUCGGUUGCAGCAGGACCUGGAGGGAAGAGCCCCGACCUCUCAGACCCACAAUAAAGUUUGCUUUGCUAGGACCUUGUUGCAGCAGCUGUCUCUCCCUUCCCCGGGAGCUGUCCUUGCCGGCUGCAGUGAGCCCGUGAGCCCGGCAGAGGGCAGCCGUGUGCCAGCACACCCUGGC